CACUCCUCACCUUUUUGCUCCACUUUCCUAUUUUUCACUCUUUUCACUCUUUUCUCGAUUCAAAAAGUUAAAAAAGAAAAAAGAAAAAAGAGAGUAGAUUUUCCAUUGCUGCACCUUGAAGAAGCGGCAAAAGGGUUUUGUGCUUCAAGCAGAGAGCUUUCACAGAUGUGCCUGGUAUUUAAAUUUUUAGUUGUAACUUAGUUGUGUUUGUGGUGAUUCAUGAGGUUCUUCAAUCCUUUACCUUCUUCAGUUCUUUGAUUGCUAUGUGUUUGUGCUGAGCUUCUACCCUGGAAAGGUUGCCUAUUAUUCCAUUUUACAGCCUUUGAGCUCCUUCUGGUCAUUGUAGAUUUUAGCUUAAGUCCUUUGUGUGCUCAUAUAUCAUGUCAAUCACAAUAAUACAGAUUAGUUCUCUCUGAAGACUUUUCAAGUGUUGAGGUUGCUGUCAUACCCCUGCAUCCAAAUCCUAAUUUUUGAUAGUGCUGUAGACUUGUUGAGUGCUCUUCAGAAAAGAUGCAGAAGCCUCCGCAGAAUGUAGACUUUGCACUAAAGGAGACCUCGCCCAAGAUUAGUGCAGGUACAGGGGUUAUCACAGCUGAUAAACUGGCAUGCACCUAUGACCUUGUGGAGCAAAUGCAAUACCUUUAUGUCCGAGUUGUCAAGGCAAAAGAUUUACCAGCGAAAGAUGUCACUGGUAGUUGUGACCCCUAUGUUGAGGUGAGGCUUGGGAACUAUAAAGGAAUUACUAAGCAUUUUGAGAAGAAGACCAACCCUGAGUGGAAUCAGGUUUUUGCUUUUUCAAAAGAUAGAAUUCAAGCUUCAGUAUUGGAAGUGGUGGUGAAGGACAAGGAUGUUGUUGUUGAUGAUUUCAUUGGUGGGGUUCUGUUUGAACUCAAUGAAAUUCCGAAAAGGGUCCCACCGGAUAGCCCCUUGGCGCCUCAGUGGUACAGAUUGAACGACCGAAAGGGGGAGAAAGCUAAGGGAGAACUGAUGCUGGCUGUUUGGAUGGGAACUCAAGCUGAUGAGGCAUUUCCUGACGCAUGGCAUUCAGAUGCAGCUGCAGUUAGUGGUGAUGCUGUGGCAAACAUUCGGUCAAAAGUAUAUCUAUCUCCUAAGCUUUGGUAUGUGAGGGUCAACAUAAUUGAAGCUCAGGAUUUGAUACCUGGUGAUAAGAGUAGGUUCCCAGAAGUUUAUGUGAAAGCUCUUCUUGGAAAUCAGGCUUCGAGAACUGGAGUAUCUAAAAGUAAGACUAUCAAUCCAAUGUGGAAUGAGGACUUAAUGUUCGUAGUUGCUGAGCCUUUUGAGGAACCCCUAAUGCUAAGUGUGGAGGAUAGGGUGGGACCAAACAAGGAUGAAAAUUUGGGGAGGUGUGCAAUUUCCCUGCAGAAUGUACAAAGAAGGUUGGACCACAAGCCUGUAAACUCUAGGUGGUUUAAUCUUGAGAAGCAUGUGAUUGUAGAUGGAGAGAAGAAAGAAACUAAAUUUGCCAGUAAGAUUCAUUUGAGGAUCUGUUUGGAUGGAGGUUACCAUGUUCUAGAUGAAUCUACUCACUACAGUAGUGAUCUUAGGCCAACAGCUAAACCAUUGUGGAAGCCCAGCAUUGGCAUUCUGGAAGUUGGCAUUCUAAGUGCUCAUGGACUGAUGCCAAUGAAGACAAGAGAUGGGAGAGGAACCACAGAUGCUUAUUGUGUGGCUAAGUAUGGGCAGAAAUGGGUACGGACAAGGACAAUAGUGGACAAUUUUAUGCCAAAGUGGAAUGAGCAGUACACUUGGGAGGUUUUUGAUCCAUGCACUGUCAUUACAAUUGGGGUUUUUGAUAAUGGUCAUCUACAUGGGGGAAAUGGUGGGACAAAGGACUCGAGAAUUGGGAAGGUGAGGAUCCGGUUAUCUACCCUAGAAGCUGAUAGGGUGUACACACACUCCUACCCUCUUCUGGUGCUACUGCCUUCAGGAGUAAAGAAGACCGGUGAAGUUCAAUUGGCUGUGAGGUUCACAUGCUCAUCUUUGAUUAAUAUGCUGCAUUUGUAUUCGCAACCAUUGUUGCCAAAAAUGCAUUACAUUCAUCCGCUCACUGUACUUCAGCUUGAGAGCUUAAGGCACCAGGCUAUGCAGAUUGUUUCAAUGAGGCUGAGCCGGGCUGAGCCACCACUGAGGAAAGAGGUUGUGGAGUACAUGCUUGAUGUUGAUUCACAUAUGUGGAGCAUGAGGAGGAGCAAGGCAAACUUUUUUAGAAUUAUGGGGGUUCUGAGUGGAUUGAUUGCAGUUGGAAAAUGGUUUGAUCAGAUCUGUAAUUGGAGAAACCCUCUUACAACCAUUUUGAUUCAUAUCCUUUUUGUUAUAUUGGUUCUUUAUCCUGAGCUAAUACUUCCCACUGUUUUUCUCUACCUAUUCCUGAUUGGAAUUUGGAACUUCCGCUGGAGGCCUCGACACCCGCCGCACAUGGACACACGCCUCUCACAUGCUGAUGCUGCACAUCCUGAUGAACUAGAUGAAGAGUUUGACACAUUCCCCACUUCUCGGUCAUCAGAUAUUGUUAGGAUGAGGUAUGAUCGCCUCAGAAGUAUAGCAGGAAGAGUUCAGACAGUGAUUGGUGAUCUUGCAACUCAAGGGGAAAGAUUUCAGUCUCUGCUUAGCUGGAGAGACCCAAGAGCUACCACUCUAUUUGUCACAUUCUGUCUGAUUGCUGCCAUAGUGCUUUAUGUCACUCCAUUUCAAGUUGUGUCCCUUCUUACAGGCAUUUAUGUCCUGAGGCAUCCCAGGUUCCGCCACAAGCUUCCAUCAGUUCCCCUCAAUUUCUUCAGAAGGUUGCCUGCAAGAUCAGACAGCAUGUUAUGAGCAGAAUCACCCAUUACUUGUUACUCUUUGUCAUCAGCUCUUCAAUAUCUAUAUGGAGACAAUAAAGUAGGCAAAAAGUAGCAGCUAUUCUCGCAGUUUAUGUUUUUUAUAUUUUGCUGGCAGAUGCAUGGUGCUGAAGUUUAGUUUUCCACUGCCAUAGUUGGUAAAUUUUGUGCAACUUUAACUUGUUUUAUGUUGUUUCAAGAAACAUGUCAAUUAUUAUCAGUGUCGUCAUUGCUAGACCUCAACUUGACUAU